AUGGAUAAACAAAACCCUGAAGUCGACAUGGUGGAGGGCCGCGAUCAUGGGGACGAGAAGUCCCAAGGGCCUUUCCACGAGGCCCUCGGUCCCAUGCGUGCGAAGAGUGAUGAUCUCAGCGUGUGGGCCACUAUGCGACUGUACAAAGUAGCUGGUAUCAUCGCCAUGGCCGGUGCUUUCAGCGCAUCACUUGACGGAUAUCAAAUCAACUUGAAUGGUGGCAUUGUCUCGAACAAGGGUUUCAUCAAACAAAUGGCUGGUGGCGGCAAAAAGAUCAUUGCAGGCAGAUACAUUUCGGCGUGGGGAGGAAUCCAAUCAGCAGGGCAAACUAUUGGUCAGCUUCUCAUCCAGUACGUCACCGAGGCAUACGGUCGUAAGGUUUCGCUCUUGAUCAUCUUGGCCAUGUUCAUCACGAGCGUGAUGACCGAAUCUUUCGCAAACAACUGGCAGCAUUGGCUCGUUGCUAAGCUCCUGUCGGGCAUGGGAGUUGGCAUGCUCCAGUGUACCAUGCCACUUUACCUGGCCGAAGUUGCCCCAACCCAGCUUAGGGGUGUUUUCAUCAACGCUUAUACUUUCUGGUUCGUUCUCGGGCAGCUAUUCGCCUCGGUUGCUCUUUACGAGCUUAAAGCCGCCGACCCCACCGACUACAAAACACCCAUCUACACGCAGUGGGCCAUGGUGGGAGUUGCUGGAAUCAUCUUCAUUCUCCUGCCAGAGUCGCCUUGGUGGCUCGUCAGCAAGGGCAGGUUCGAGAAGGCCUCCAAGUCUCUUCAGGUCUUGAACCGCGGUGUCGAAGCUUUCGAUGUUCAAGAACAUAUUAACGUCAUGAACGCUACCAUUCAGAUGGAGAACGAUUUGGCGGCGAAGAAUAAAGAAGAGGACAUGUGGGAGGUCUUCCGCGGUCGCAAUCUGAUUCGCUUCAUUAUCUGUUCCUGGCCCAAGGUGACGCAACAAUUUGUUGGCUUGGCCGUUUUCAACACCUAUGCAACCUACUUCUGUAAUCCAAUAUGCCGGCAACAAGAAUCCCUUCCUCGUGACGGUCAUCCUGUCCAGUGUCCAGCUGCUCUCCAUGGUCCUCACAUCCACUCUGACUGA